GCCAAUACCAAGAGGAAUCUAGUGACCUUACCCCAAAUGGCACGCGGGGAUGUAGUUCCUCAGGCUCAUGAGCUCCCCGCACUGGACUCCACAUCCCCCGACGAGACCCCCCAAGAAGAACAAGGACAAGGCGAGCCAGAACUCGAGCCAUCAAUCACCUCUCUGUCCAGAGCCGACUACACCUUCCCCGAAGGCGGGUUCAAGGCCUGGAGCGUCGUGUUCGGAUCCUUCAGUAUCAUAACUGGGACCUUCGGGCUCCUCUCCUCCGUCGGCCUUCUGCAGGCAUACUGGCAAGAGCACCAGCUCGCCGCCUACAAGACGCGGGACAUUGGCUGGAUCUCCGCCGUCAACGUCUUCCUGAACCUCUUCCUCGGCGUGCAGAUCGGGCCGCUGUUCGAUCGGCAUGGGCCCCGCCACCUCCUGGCCAUCGGCAGCGUGGUGUAUGUCGUGAGCCUGGUGCUCCUGGGCCAGUGCAGCACGUACUGGCACUUCAUGCUCCUCUACGGCAUCAUGUGCGGCACCAGCUCGGCCUUCCUGACGACAACGGCGCUGGCCGUCGUCGCGCACUGGUUCGAUGCCCGCCGCGGCUUCGCCUCCGGCAUCACGUUUGUUGGGAGUAGCGUGGGCGGCAUCGUGUUUCCGCUCGUGCUGAAGCCGGCCCUGGAGCACCUGCGCUGGGCGUGGGCCAUGCGGCUCGUGGCGUUGAUCGCUCUGGUGUUGAUGCUGCUUGGGAAUCUCUGUGUACGCGGUCGUUUGCCUCCGAGGACGUCAGGGGGAACGGUGGAUCUGAGAUGUUUCCAGGAUGCGAGGUUCUCUUGGGCAACGAUUGGUGUUGCCUGUAUAGGUUUCGAAUUCGUGCUGUUUGGGUCAUUGGGCUUGUUGCCCACCUAUGCCCUGCGACAAGGCUUCAGCAGCCAGACAAGCUUCAAUAUCAUUGCUAUCCUCAACGCAGGCUCGGCCCUAGGCCGCACUUUCUCAGGCAACUUUUCCGACCGCUACGGCCGCUUCAACACCAUGAUCCUGACGCUCAUCUGGUCCCUGGUCGUGACCUUCGGCCUCUGGCUCCCCGUCGGCCACCACGUCGGCCUCUUCUACGCCUUUGCCCCGCUGUUCGGCUUCGGCAGCGGCAGCAUCAUCAGCAUGGCGCCCGUCUGCAUCGGCCAGCUCUGCAAGGCCGACGAGUACGGCCAGUUCUACGGCACCAGCUACUCGCUCGUGGCCUUUGCGACCUUGCUUUGUAUACCCGUCGGCGGAGAGCUCUUGCCUACCAUUGGAGCAGCGGGCUUCGUGGCCUUCUUCGGUGGCGUUCUGGUGUUAUCCCUGAUCAGCUUUGUGAUCGCGAGGUGGGCCUGUUUAGAGUAUAAAUGGAAGUGGUUCGCGAAGAUAUAG